AGAAGGAUGUGCUGUGCCUGUUGUUGUGAUGAGGAUUGUAAAUGCCGCCCUUUGGGUUUUCUUCUUGGCCUCCCCUUUGCCUUCUUGUCCCUUCUCCUCUCCCUCAUCGGCGUCGUCAUAUGGAUCGUCGGGUUGUUAUUGAGUUGCAUAUGCCCAUGUUGCUUGUGCGUGACGGUCAUAGUAGAGCUUGCACUUGGCUUGAUAAAGGCUCCUUUUCUUGUCAUGAAGUGGUUCACUGAGCAGAUCCCUUGUUAGAUUUUAAUCUUUAGCCAGCGGCUCUAGUUAUUCAUUCAUUAAUCCAUCUCUAGCUACCUGUCAUUUUUUUUUUUGAUUGAAUUAAUUGGAAGAAAAAGGAUUUUCUCGA